UCUUCUCUUCUCUUCUCUUCUUCUCGUGUCCUUGCUCCCUCUCCUUCCUAUGAAGUAAAAUGAGCUGUUGUUGACUUUUCUCUGUAUCCGUCUAACUUCCUUUCCACCCAGUGAUCUACUUUCAGCCUCUCUCUCUCUCUCGGUCACCCUCCUCCCUCCGUCUCCUGUCUCUCUGUCGACGUUCAUUCAGUAGCUCAGUGAGCGUCUCUCACACACUCAUCAGUGACUCUCAGUCAGUGAAUAUUAGCCGUCUGACCAGCAGCUGUUUGUGGUCGCUGUGUCGAGCACCACUGUCUUAUGAUAAGAGGACAGCGUGCCGUCUCCUCUCCCGCUGCUCAGUUUCUCAGCGAGGACUCCAAACUCGCCGUCCCAGCGUUCUUCCAUUUCCUUCUCUGUCUGUCAUUCUCUCAGUGCUUCGUUCUAAUUUUGGAAACAUGGAACCUCGGGGAGCGCUCUCCCAAAGCUAUUUACGUCCUUGCCUCUCCUCCUCCUCCACCUCCUCCUUGCUCUCCUCCUCUUUCUUCUCUUCCUCCUCCCUCUCGUCAGCCAGGAGGAGAACAGCGUGAGGAUUCUUUGAUGCACACAGAGCUGGGGAAUUGGGCUGCUCCUCUGUCUGUAUUUUUAUUGUGUUGACGAGGCUGCAGCAGCUCCCCUCGUCGCCGCUCCUCGCUCUCACAGCCUGUGGGUGACUGGAUUUUCCCUCGCAGCUGAAUGGAAGAAACAAACUUUCUGUUCCUUCCAUCUGCAACACACCCCAACAGCACUGGAGCCAGCACUGUGUUUCUGCAUGGAUCAGGACUCCAGGUGAUGUAGGUACAGAGAAAUAAACCAAAAGACCACACAGACACUUUUCAGGUGGUCUCCUUUGGCUGUUGACAUUUUGAUUGAUCUGCGAAGCCCAGCGGAGGGGAGGCUUUCUGUGGGCUGCAGCCGAGACGACGAUAUUAGAAAGGAGGAGUUUGCUCAAAGUGUCGCCCGCUCGUCAUCACAACUCGAGCUGAGCAGUCAGAGACGGCAGAAGCUCCAGGAGUCCGAUGGAGACUGGAUUACACAAGAGAAGCACAGAGGUGUUCGAUUAUUUUCUUUUCUUGUGAUUUGCGGCCGUUCCCCGCAGAAGUUAGUUUUGAAGUUUUCAGUUCAACUGUAUGGGUCUACGGCAUGCCUGCGUCUCGGAUGAAGAAGUGACUGGUUUAACAAAAUAAAGCGCCGGCUCUCGCCUUGGCAUGCUGUUGCAUCCCACCGUGUCAGGAUUGUGCGCCAUGUUGCAGACCAUCUAUGAGACUGAGUCCUGUUUUUCCUCCAGCAGCACAGGCAGCCACCAUCAGCCUCUGGAGCUCCUGAGCGGCAACAGGGGCUCCAGCGCUGCCAUGCCCACCGCUGUAGUGGAGGUGAAGAGCAGCCUCCCAUCAGGCAUGCAGAGCCCAGUAGGAACAGCAAGCGAGCAGAGAGGAGGAGGAGGAAGUGGUGGAGAAGGUGGUGGGAGUCCAGGAGAAAGCCCGGGAGGAGGAGGAGGAGGAGGCCCGGUGGACCUGCGAACUGAGCCCAGGGUAGGGUCUGUCUCCGGGGGUGCAGUGGUGGACACAGCCAUGAGAGAGCAGCAGCUCCAGCAGGAACUCAUUCUCCUCAAGCAGCAGCAGGAGCUGCAGAAACAGCUGCUGUUUGCAGAAUUUCAGAAAAAACACGAAGUGCUAACAAGGCAACACGAAGUCCAGCUGCAGGAACACUUAAAGCAACAACAGGAGCUGCUGGCAGCCAAACGACAGCAGGAGCUGGAGCAGAAGAGGAAGCUGGAGCAGCAAAGACACGAAGAGCAGGAGAAACAACGGCUGGAGCAGCAGCUGCUGCUGCUGAGGAACAAGGAGAAAGGCAAAGAGAGUGCCAUUGCCAGCACAGAGGUGAAGCUGAAGCUGCAGGAGUUCCUUCUCAGUAAGAAGGAGCCUGGUUCUGGCGGACUAAACCAUUCCUUCUCCCCAAAGUGCUGUCAGAAAUACAGUGGAACCCCGACUUACGAAACUAAUUCGUUCCCGAGGGUCAUAAGUUUCUUUUAUCUCCCCUCUCUCUUUACUCGUCCAGUCUCUGAGCCUAACCUGAAGGUGCGUUCACGCUUGAAGCAAAAGGUGGCAGAGAGGCGGAGCUCCCCUCUCCUCCGCAGGAAGGACGGAACGGUCAUCAGCACCUUCAAGAAGAGAGCCAUAGAGAUAUCAGUUUCCUCUCUCUGUAACAGUGCUCCGGGGUCAGGUCCCAGCAGUCCCAACAGUUCCAAUACAGCUAUUGCCAACGGCAAUACUGGAUCAGUCCCCAACAUACAGACUGAGCUGAGGUCUCUCCAUCAGACGCUGGGGGCUGAUGGGACAUUGAGUCCUCUGAGUCUCUACACCUCACCCUCCCUGCCGAAUAUCUCGCUGGGCCUCCCUGCCAACACACACAUCACGCCCUCCCAGAAGCUGUCUGCCCAGCAAGAGGCAGAGCGUCAAGCCAUCCAGUCGCUGCGGGGGGGUGGAGCUCUAACAGGAAAGUUUCUCUCCACGUCCUCCCUUCCAGCAGGUGUGGGACAUGAUGUGGAGACUCCGCCCCCCAGCUCUCAUUCAGCCCAUUCCUCGUUACUGCAACACGUACUACUGCUGGAGCAGGCUAGGCAACAGACUGCUAUGCUAGUGCCCAUGUACAGCCAAUCGCCGCUGGUUACAGCAGAGAGAGGUGUGUCGGGUGGCAUGCGGGCCGUCAACAAGCUGCCUCGCCACCGGCCGCUGGCUCGUACGCAGAGCGCGCCUUUGCCCCAGUCCCCCCAGGCCCUGCAGCAACUGGUGGUUCAACAGCAGCACCAUCACUUCCUGGAGAAGCAUUACAAGAUGCUGUCAAAGGGGACAGAUUUACCCAGGCCACCACCCACUCACCCAGAGGAAACAGAGGAGGAGCUUACAGAGACCAAUGACAUGCAGGAGGAGGAUGAAGGGGUGGGCCUUCACAGGCUUCAGAAGGAGGGGUCUGAUGAUAGCACGCCUUCAUCUGAGCGUCUCGGUGUGCACGUGAAGGGUGAGGAGGAGUGCGGAAGCGUGCAUAUCAAAGGGGAGAGCACCGAGAGUGAGCUGGAAGAAGAGGAAGAGGAUGAAGAUAUCAUUCAGUUGAGGGAGGGCGACGAAGAGGAGCGAGGGAGUUACAGUCAGGUUUGCUUUUAUUGCAUUGCAAUAUCUGUGUGUAUCUUUUCCUCUCCCUCUCCAGGGCUUGUAUAUGACAGUCUGAUGCUGAAACAUCAGUGUGUGUGUGGGAACGCUCACAUCCACCCAGAGCAUGCUGGGAGAGUUCAGAGCAUCUGGUCCAGACUGCAGGAGACGGGCCUGCUGGGCCGCUGUGAGAGGAUUCGUGGGCGUAAAGCAUCUCUGGAUGAGAUCCAGUCCGUCCAUUCAGAGUUCCACACCCUGCUGUACGGAACCAGUCCGCUCAAUCGGCACAAACUGGACCACAAGAAGCUGCUCGGUCCGAUUAGCCAGAAGAUGUACGCUGUUCUUCCCUGUGGAGGAAUCGGGGUGGACAGCGACACAGUGUGGAAUGAGAUGCACUCAUCGGCUGCAGUGCGCAUGGCGGUGGGCUCGGUCAUCGAGCUGGCCUUCAGAGUGGCUGCAGGGGAGUUAAAAAACGGCUUCGCAGUUGUUCGUCCUCCGGGGCACCAUGCUGAGGAGUCCACGGCUAUGGGCUUUUGUUUCUUCAAUUCAGUCGCCAUUACUGCCAAGCUGCUGCAGCAGAAACUUGGGGUGGGCAAGAUCCUCAUUGUGGACUGGGACAUUCACCAUGGCAACGGCACUCAGCAGGCCUUCUAUAGCGACCCCAACGUCCUCUACAUUUCCCUCCAUCGCUACGACGACGGAAACUUCUUUCCUGGCAGCGGCGCUCCAGAGGAGGUAAUCACACAAUCCCACCGGUCAUUCUGUGGGUGUGACGACUCGACAAACCAAAAGUUUCAACCUCGGCUGACCAAAGUGGCCAAAAAGAUCUCCACUUGGAUAAUUGAUGAGACCAUCACUCCUCACUGGUCAGCAGACUUUCUUGAAGUGUCGAGCACUUAUUCUUUGGUUUUCCCUUCUCUCUGUCUCCGUCAGUGUGACUCUAUGUUUCAGUGGCCUCAGGAGAAGCCCUGUCCAAAAGCCUACGCCUCCCUGGAGAGAGUAAUAGAGAUCCAGAGUAAACACUGGUCCUGUCUGCAGAGUUUGUCUCAGACCAGUGGACACUCGCUACUCGACGGCCCCUUGGGGGCUCAAGGCCAGUCAGAGAAGGAUGAGGCGGAAACGGUCAGCGCCAUGGCGUCUCUGAGCGUCGAUGUUGAGCAGCCAGGCUCUGUUCCUGAUAGCACAGAAACCAGCAGGUCCACAGAGGAACCAAUGGAAGAGGAGCCCGUUUUGUAGGAGGAGCUUAAACAAGAAGAAGCACACCAAACUUCCACCUACAUCUCCUUCGAGCACCUCUCUUUCUCUUCCUUUUCCUCUUCCUCCAUGGAGUGUGCAUUGGUAAACACAACACACACACACAGAGCGCAGCCGUGCUGUUGUGGAGGACUCCAACUGGCAAAGGAGAACUUAACGGAGGAGAAACCGCGUCAUGCGAAAACAUGGAUGCACUUCUUUUCUCUGUUUCGUCCAUGCAAGGAGGAGCAGACGACUUGUUAGCACCUCCGUGGGGCUCAGCAGAGAGGGAGCCCUUGAAUUUUUGACCACCUGUACACAGCACCACUGAAAUGUUCUCUUCCACCCUCCAAUCAUUCUCGUGAUCUUUUUAUUCCAUCCCUGCUCCUUUGUUUCCACUGAGGGACGAUGACUGUGGAGAAACUUGAAUCUUAAAUGCCGCACACCAAGCGGACGACUGGUCCUCUUGCGUGUGUCGAGCGCAGGGUUGCCCGUUGGAGGAAAUGACUGGUUUUAAUAUUCGCAGGGGAGGAGGAGGAACUAGGUGCCUUUUUUUCUGUCCACAAAAACUAAAACUAAGUCCAGAAAACACAAACCACCACCGCAGCACCUCAGUACAGCAACCAGCUGAUCAGGACUGAAGAAGCACACUUUUAAACACACACACAAACACACACACACACACACGCUGUUGUUGAUCCAGUCGGUCACUUCAUUUCCGAGUCCUUGUUUCUUCAUCUGGAUGCCUUAGUUUGUCCCAGUCUCACUAUUUAGCAGCUUGUAGAGAGAUGGAGAGAGAGACUCAUGAGCUCAUGUAAAUACAUAUUCUGCUUAUUGACUAUUUUUUAAUAUCUGGCUAUAUUCCAAAAGACUGAGUUUUGCUUUUUUUUCACAUUUUUGAGGGAAGAAAACCCUCUAAAGCCAUCCUCACACACUAGAACUCUCCAGUAAAAAUCUCAGUUGAAUAUUAGUAAUAAGAUUAAAAUAAUAUUCAAUCAGACUUUUGUGGAAUCUGGUGGAAGCGUCUCAGGAUCAGAUCAGCUUUAGCAGGAUUCAUGUAACUAAUGAAACUGCAACACCCAUCAGUCCUCUCUCUCCCUCGCUCUGUCUUUAUCGUUUGUGUUGAUUGAGUCAUGUGACCUCCUUCUUUGAAGGAGGGGACUGUGGGAUUGUACUUUUGAAACACCGCAGUGACCACCACGUCCCACGUUAUCUCUCUCUCUCUCUCUUUUUUUUAAAAGAAUUGUAAUAUUUCCUGUUUGGUGUAAAUAGCGUCUCCUGUCCUGUUGGCCAUGGUUACAUCACAGCAGGUUUGGUGUGGUCACUUUUCUAUAUCUGUACAUACACACAUGUAUAAAACCACAAAAGACUUUCUCUUUUUGUAUAAAAAAGCAAAAACAAUAUUCUAUAUAAAUAUAUAUAUGUAAACAGUGUUUUAUCCAAUCAGAUUGGAUUUCUGAAUAUAUUCUAUUUGAAGAUUUGAAGUUUGAAAAGGUUUGGCUGUUAGACAGGAAGUAAGCACAUGGUCUGAUGCGAUCAGAUCACGACCUGUUUGUUUGUUUGUUUAUAGAUGCUCAGGAUGGCUGAAUAUUGUUGUGUUGGAGGGGGGGGUGGUCAGCGAGCUCUAGUUCUUCUAGCAGGACCAGCGCUGCCCUCCUCAGGCAAACAGCAGCAACUACAGAACGGUGAUAUUAAGGUCAAAAGUCAUGGCUGAGUAAAAUAGGCUGGUCCAGUGAUUAUGUGUUUUUGUAGUCCAAAUGGAGCUAGCUCCAGAGACUGUGGUAUUCAUUCUACAUAUCACACGAUGGUACCAAAUCAUGAGCCCUGUAAUUCUCAUACGUUAGGUUUGUAUCAGCUCUGAUCCAGGAAGCAGUGAAGCAACGAUGGUCACUUGAUGGAUCGUGAAAUGAGGUACAGCAGGAGUGUUGAAAACAGCCUCGCUGGAUGACAGUCUGUUGUUAAACUCACUACCAUCCAUUUUCUAGAGGUCACAGCAACAGUCUAAGCAGACAUGCUAAGACGGUCUUCCUCAGCCACGCCCUCCAUCUCCUCUGGGGCGAUAAAUGGGUGUUCCCAUUCCUGCGUGCCCUGGUUCUGUCACAUUUAGUUGGACAUGCCCAAAACACCUCACCCAGAAAGCAUAAUCACCACCUUACCACAGUGGGGGGCUUUGGCUGAGUGAUCCCAUUGGUUCAGAAGUCAUUGUUGCCCCUUGUAGGGUCUGUCAGGGUGAAGUGGUCCUGGGUGAGGACCAGGGGAUCAGCCAGAGCCUAGACCACGAGGCUGGACUGGGAUAUUGGUAUUUCAUCCCCAGCUGUCCACAGUAAACUUGAAUAAACUCACUACAAACUGAUUAAAAUCAAGGUGAAACAACACAAAGUGAGUAAGCAGGAAGUACUGAGAGCGAGGAAAACCUGCUUCCUCAGGUAUUAUUGGACGUGGUUUGUACCAACUUGAAUGGAGAAGACCGUUUUUUGUUGAGGACACAUCAGGAAGCUGCAUGCCUGCAGACCCGGGGUUAGCAGUACAAGUCGAGGUUGGCACUUGGAUUGCCUGAAUUGCUGUUAAAGCUACAUGAUUCUCAGUUUGUGUGUUCAAAUUGGGAUGUUGUCACUAGUUUUCCAAUGGUGAACCGACACAGGUCUAAAGGUGUCUAUUUCUAAUAGGAGCAAAUAAAAUCCUGCAUAUAUUAUCCUAAACAAAUAUGAGGAAUUUAAAGAUAUAAUCCAGGCUGAAAGCUACACAGCAGCUGUAGCCAAAGCUGGCAGAAAAAUGUGCAACUCAGCAGGCUUAUCAACAUCACUGUUACAUCAAUAGAUCACAGGGAGAUCCGCCUAGAAUUAGAAUUUCUUGAUAGAUUCAUUUUCUGUUUUCUCGUAUUGUUUAGUUGCAUUCUCGUGUCCAGAUGAUUUCUCAUUUCAAGCUUGUUCUUUUUCAAAUUAAGACUUAAGAGCAUUGCUCAGAUUUUUUAACAGUCUAGUUUGAGUCAAAAAAAAAACUACAUGCUUUGUUUAUUCUAAGGUUUUAAGUAUCGGGCAUAAACAAAAUGACUGAGACAUUACCAGCUCUUUACAAAGUCAGAUAAAUAAAAGCUGGGAUAAUUCAGUAGUUUGUAGAAGCACAAGCAGCAGUAACCGCUGUAUGACUAUCAUUUCCUCACACUGUUGGAGGAACAGCUCUUCUUUACAACAUUGCUUAGUUCAUACCCGAGGUGCUCUGCCUGCCUUUAUGUCAGUUUCUCUGACCUUGGGGUGAUUCUGAGGUUGCACAUUAUCUGAUUAUGUACUGAUAUGUGAAACAUUAGAAGUUACAUAGGGCGUACUUUCUUAUUACCACGACGAUAUAUCAUGGUGACUUACAUCCAAUGAACAGAGCGCAUUUGAAGGCUGUUAAAACUUUUAACACAAAUUUCGCUUCCAUUCUGUGACAAUAAUGACAAUGACUGAGAAUGCAUCGUGUGCUGUUCCUGGAUCAGUGCUGACAACCCACUAUUUUCAGUACAGUAAUGAAGGAGCGAGUGCUUUGUUACACGAUAUAAUCCUCAAACAUCAUCAUUAAAAAAGUGCAGUCAAAUUGCACCACUCAUGAAAUCUUUAAACUGAAUGUUUGAAAGUGUUGAGCUUUGUUCAGUCUCAAAAACUCAACCUACCCAACUUCAGGCUCAAGCCUGCUGACUGCUGUUUGGCCACCACCUUCCCAUUCUGACCAAUCACAUGUUGCUCAGCAGACACAGAAGCUUCAGAGCUGGACCGGCCUAUUAUGAAAACCUAUUGAAACUCAACUCAGAAACACUACACCGGGACGUCAGGGGACUAACUCUGAUCGACGUAAUCGUCAACCUCACUAAACUUCAUUUCCCAGGACCCUUUGCGGUGUUCUAGCCGACGCUGCUACCUCUGGGUCUCGUCCAUUUAAAGCAAUACCACAGUGGUGGAACUGCAGUGACGGGAACAGAGAGCGAGAAGGCCAUAGCAACCGAUGAUCUGAGGAACUCUCUGUACCUUUUUACACAGUGUGGUUGAGUGCUCUUUGUGUAUAUUAUCUGUCAGGUGGAAUGGAGAGGCAGUAUUGAUUGAUUGAUUUAUUGACCUGUGUUUCCAGGUGGUUUAGUGUAGUCUUUUUGUACUAUUGUAAACACUAAGGGCAUUUUGUCCAUUUAACACGCAGUCAGUAAUAGCAGCGCCUUGCGUCGGGUUCGUGGGGGCCGUAGAGAGCGAGCGCUGGACAGGUCGAUCAUUUCAAUGACCCGACACCGCAGUGCUACACGGGGUCAGCUGCUGAGCUCGACUGGAGUUCAUGCAAGCACAAAGGGAGCAAAUGAAGAACUUUGGAGGCAAGCAGCAACUACCACAGGUGUUGGUUCAGAUGAAAAAUACCUUAACAUUUAUAAAAAUGAGUAACAACAAGUAAAAGAUUCACUUUGUUAAAGGAUCUUCCAUUCCCUCAAUAACUAGACUAGCAUCGUGUGGGCAUCAUGGUCACUGUGGCCUAAACCAGCGGUCCCCAACCUCUUCUGCGCCACAGACCGGUUUAUGUCUGACAAUAUUUUCACAGACUGGCCUUUAAGGUGUAGCGGGUAAAUACAACAAA